CGACUUCCGACACUCCAUCAAACCACCUCAAGGAGGACGCACGAACGUGAUCAUGCCGUGCAUCGACGGGGACACAGCACCACCGACGACGUCGUCGCGACCGCUAAGCCUGGCCGUGGAACGGCGCUUGCCAACACAUGCUUUUCCCGACGAGUUCAUCGAGUGCACGUUGCGCCUGCACCAUGGCGACGAUCUCGGACUGCCCGUAUCGUUUCAAGUCGCGCUCGUCCAUGCCGACACCAAGCUCACCGAAGAAUCGACGUCGCAACUGGUCGUGGACUCAUCGACGCCACUCGUGUUUGUCGGCGCCACGUGCACCUUUCGCUUCUCGCUCACCCGUGUCAUGCAGAAAAUGUGCUUGCGGUGUUCCCUCGUGGAUCCGCACCCGAUCGUGUCCGUCUUGACGUCGGCCAUCUCGAUUGUCCGGGAAAAGCUCGUCGUGACCCAACAACCUCCCGACGUCUGGUUCAAGGACGAAGGCGGCCGGGACAAAUGCAUGACCAUCCAAGUGAACGUCGAGGCCGCGCCAGGCCGCACCGUGUCGCCGCGCAUUAUUCCGUUGGAACUAACGUUGCUCUACGAUUCCGGCGACGUCGUGCAGGCCUCUGCCGUCGCCACGUCACCGUCGCAUGGCAUUCUCAAGCUCUUCCCCGACUUGCGUCCGAACGUGACCAAUGGCACCGUGAGCAUUUCGUUUCGCAUCGAAGACGUGAGCAAGAACCACCAAAACCACGCGUUUGUGCUGAAAAUUGCACCCGAAUCGUCCGACGUGUACGCCGACAUUGCCAGCGUGCGCACGGCCCCCGUCGCCAUCCGUUCCAAGCGCAACAAGCGACGCCUAGCUGGACUCAAGUCCCCCAGUAACAACACCAACCUCGCAUCUGAACCAUCUCCGUCGGCUGCUUCGUCCGGAAGCCACCGCCCGCGCAUGCUGCCGACGCCGGUGCCCCAUCACUCGGCGACCCCCACGACUACCGACAAGACCCCCAUGAGUCGUCGGUUCAAUUCGUCCACUGCCACGCCGCACAAUCUGCCCCGAGCCCGACCUUCGACGUGGACGGACGCAAUGCAAGAAUGGAAGCUGGUGGGGUAUGAGAUUCACGAAGGAGAUGGGUCUAUCAACAAGCAAGCGCCCAUCUAUCGAUGCCUCUCUUGUGCCUCGUUAACAGACAUGUCGCCCCAGAACACCACGCGCCACGCCCCUUCUUGCAUGUACUUGCAACUCCCGCAGCAACACCAGAGCAACUUUCCAGCCAACACCCCUCGACAACAACAUCAUCCCGUUACGCAGGCCACCACUGCCGCCCGCAUGGUGUACGGGUAUAACACUCAUGGGAACUACACGCCGUCGGCAUCUCAAACAUCGAUGGCAGCGGCGGCGACGGCAGGGCCUGGGUAUGCUGGAACCACUCCGACCAAUUAUUCGACGACCCCUACCCCCCACAGCUCGCUCAAACACUCGGACAACAACAUCUUUCUCUCCACAAAAGCAGCGGCGACCACGUCAUCCUCGCCGGCCAUGAUGACAGACGCCAUGGCCAAACCCAUGCUCAUGAUGGACAUGUACAUGUCUGCCAACCAUACUCACAACAAUAACUGGCAAAUGAUGCACCAGCAAGUUGGGACUUCGUCGUCGACGACCCCCACGAACGAAGCCAGUGGAAACCACGGGACGACGUUAGGGUAUCCCAAUAAUAGCAAUGCCCAACCGCCCUGUGUUGCGUUUAUAUUGGCCUCGAUGGCCACCGACAUGCGGGUACUACAUAUAUAUAUAUAUACUCGGCUUUGGAUAUAUAUGUACGUAGUUUUAUGUUGAAACCUUGGAUAGGGCGACAAGUUGGGCUUGGCGGCGUUCGACCAGUACCAUCAACUGCUUGGCUUUUACAACGAACAGCAAAACCCGACUCCUGCGCAACAUAAUCAGCCUUCCCAACCCCCACGCUCCCACGUAGUGUUUUACCCCGUGUCGGACUUUCCGCUGUGCAACACGGGCGGCAUCUCAGCCUCGUUCGAGUCGGCCCUGCAUUAUGGAUCGUCCGAUGUGUUUGCCUUGUCCAAAUACAUGGGCAACUUGACCAAGUUGCAAGAAGAAGCGUUUUUGCACUUUUGGAGUCAAAACCUGAUGUAAUAACCACCAAAAUAAAAGUCGUCGUCAUGUCCUACAUCCGUUCGUCGUCGUCGUCGUCGUCGCC